CUCUGUAUUUGGGACCGGGUUAUACUGUAUGCUAGCUACUUUAACUAUGCAUUUAGGGAGUUUGAAUUGCUUCACUUCUAUAGCUCGGCUCCUACCGCCGGCCUACAGCCCUGUCACUGGCGCUCAGACUCCGACUCUGCAGGUGCGAGCACUAUUGAGCAUGAAAAUCUUUGCUCGUGCCCUGUCAGAGUGGGAUGACUGCUGCCGACUAGUCUAGACAUGGAAAGCAUCUUCACUGUGACGAGGACCGUGUGUGAUUCUGCAUUCCCCCGCCGGCAUAACUGGAAGUGAUAUAAUGCUUAGCAGCAGACUUUUUUUAAUCCACGGCGAACUUUGUCGGCAAUCUGUUGUGAGGGGUAUAAAACAUGGCUUUCUCUACAAUUGAUUCAAUUCCAACCAACUAUGGAUGAUUGACAAUGUCCAAAUCCGCCGAAGAUACUACAUCCCCGGCCAUCGCCGAAACAGAUACCUCCAAGGAUACUACAGCCGAACGAACCCCAACCAUAACAACAACCCCUGUCAAUCAAAAGGACGCCGAUGAUACAACCACCUUCUACAACACCCACAAACCCCUCACAAACCCCCUCUCACCCGCACAGGAAUCCGACCUCAUCCGGAAAAACCUGCUCUACCUCCUCGGCCAAACAUGGUGGAUAUCGUUUCUCAUCCACCUCGACCGCGCGACGCUCUCGUCUGCGAGUACGAUGGGCAUUUUCAAGGAUGUUAAAAUGACAAAGAACGAGUAUAAUCAGCUGUUUAUUGUGUUUUAUGUCGGGUAUUUGGUGGCGUUGUGGCCUGGGGCAUGGGUGUCGCAGAGGGUCGGGCAUAAGAGGUUUAUUACAGGGUCGUUGUUUUGCUGGGCAGUAUUGGUUGGAGUUCAUCCGGCAGUUAGGACGGGGAGGGAGAUGAUGGCUGUGCGGUUUUUGCUGGGAUUGACGGAAUCGCAGAUCGUGCCGUCGACGGCAAUUCUGCAUCAAGCGUUUUUCCCUCCGAAGAAAUCGCCCUGGGUUCAGUUGCUAUGGUGGACGGCUGGAUCUCUUGCUAAUGUCAUGUUGACUAUGGUCGCUUACAAGCUCAUUAAAGAUGACAAUGCGGGAACAUUGAUUGGGGGUAUUGCAUCGUGGAAAUGGCUGCAUAUCACCUGCGCGAUUGUGACAUUCGCCAUAUUCCUUCCAUUGGUGUUUUUCCUGCCGAAUACGCCCGUUGAAGCGAAGUGGUUGUCGACAGAGGAGAAGGUGCAUACUAUUGAGAUGAUUCGAAGAACAAGAGCUGGAAUUGUGAACUCGACAUGGAAAUGGAAACACGUCAAGGAAUGCUUUCUGGAUGUUAAAAGUUGGCUAUUCAUCUUCCACAUGUUCUUCAACGAACUUCCCAACAACACCUCCGCCCAAACACCCCUGAUCCUCGUCGGUUUCGGCUUCACUCCCGCCCAGAGCGCCCUCUUCAACAUCGCAAAACCACUAUGGGGCAUGGUUCUAAUCCUAAUCUCCGCAACCCUCCUCUACGCCACAAACCUAGGCACAGGAUACACCUGCGCCCUAUCCUACGUCCCAUGCUUAAUCGGGGGUAUUAUCGAGCUUAGCUCCCCUUGGUCGAAUAAAGUAGCACUGGUGGUGGGGACGCAGAUCUCAUCGUUUAAACCGUCGUAUUUGCUGGGUUUGAAUUGGGCGGGGACGACGACGACGGGGCAUACGAAGAAAGUCACUCUUAUGUCGUCGUGCAUUGUUGCGGCGGCAGUUGCGAAUAUGAUUUCACCCGAGUUCUGGCAAUCAAAAUACAGCCCCCGCUACGUCCUCCCAUGGUCCUUCAUGACAGCCUUCUGGUUCAUAUCGCCCAUGAUGUGUCUAAUAAUCCGGCUCUAUCUGAACCAUCAAAAUAAACUUCGAGAAAAGACCCUUGGACUAGGGGAACAGGAACAGGAUGGUGGGCAGGAGCAGGGGAGUGAGAGUGAGGAGGACGCUAGGGGAGGGUUUUUGGGGGAUAUGACGGAUCGGGAGAAUUUGAGGUUUGUUUAUCCGCUUUAGGUUUGUUUGACAUGGGAAGAAAAUGGGGAGGUCUUUUUGUCCGAGAGAGUGGGUGGGGCGUUGGGUUGGUUGUGUAACGUGUUUGUUUUAUGGAUAAUGAGGGAGCAGUAGUCUGGUUUGGAUGACUGAAUUGGGAGCAAUGAUGUAUAAUGAGAAGC